CCUAAUAGUUGAUUUCCCAGGUGGCAUCCAUACAAUGUAUGUAUGCCCUCACUUGAUUAAUUAGUACAGUAAGCUGAUCAUAUGAUCCUGGUAUAGGUAGUGUAUAGUGAGUGCAUCCAAAGCAGCAGCAGAGGCAUUAAUUUGCCAUGGCCACGCCGCCGUCGCAUGACACCAAGACGUGGCCGGAGUCGGUGGCCAUCGAGUUUCGAGCGCAGCGCGGCAUCGCGCUCCCUCUCAUCGCCAUGAACCUCACAUGGUUCGCCAAGCUGGCCGUCACCACCGCCUUCCUCGGCCGCCUCGGCGACCUCCAGCUCGCCGCCGGCACCCUCGGCUUCAGCUUCGCCAAUGUCACGGGCUUCGCCGUCCUCACCGGCCUCUGCAACGCCAUGGACCCCAUCUGCGGCCAGGCGCACGGCGCCAGCAACGCCAAGCUCCUCCGCAAGACUCUGCUCAUGGCCACCAUCCUGCUGCUCGCCGCCUCCAUCCCCAUCGCCUUCCUCUGGCUGCACGUCGACGCCGUCCUCCGCCGCUUCGGCCAGCAGCCCGACAUCACCGCCAACGCCCGCACCUACGUCGUCUGCCUCCUCCCGGACCUCGCCGUCACCUCCUUCCUCAGCCCGCUCAAGUCCUACCUCAGCGCGCAGGGGAUCACGCUCCCCACGCUCUUCAGCUCCGCCCUCGCGCUCGCGCUCCACGUUCCCCUCACCAUGUGGAUGGCCAGGACCAAGGGCAUCCAGGGCGUCGCCUCUGCCGUCUGGAUCAGCGACCUGGCCGUCGCCGUCAUGCUCGCCGCCUACGUGCUGGCCUCGGAGCGGCUGCGCAAGGCGGCCGCCGGAGGAUGGCUGGAGCAAACGACGGGCGACUGGCUGCGGCUCCUGCGGCUGGCCGUGCCGAGCUGCCUGAACACGUGCCUGGAGUGGUGGUGCUACGAGAUCCUGGUCCUACUGACGGGACGCCUCCCGGACGCACGGCGCAUGGUGGGGGUGAUGGCGGUGACGCUCAACUUCGACUACCUGCUGUUCGCGGGCAUGCUGUCCCUGUCGGUGAGCGCGUCGGUGCGCGUGUCGAACGAGCUCGGGGCGGGCGAGGCGGGGGCGGCGCGGCGCGCGGGCAUGGUGUCGAUCGUGGGCGGGGCGGUGGGCGGCGUGGCGGGAGGGGUGGCGAUGGUGGCUUUGCGGCGGCCGUGGGGGUGCAUAUACAGCGGCGAGGCGGGCGUGCGGGAGGGGGUGAGCAGCGCGAUGAAGGUGAUGGCGGUGCUGGAGGUGGUGAACUUCCCGCUGAACGUAUGCGGAGGGAUUGUGCGGGGGACGGCGAGGCCGGCGGUGGGCAUGUACGCGGUGCUCGGCGGCUUCUACGUGGUGGCGCUGCCGGUGGCCGUCGCGCUGGCCUUCAAGGCCAGGCUUGGCAUCGACGGCCUCCUGCUGGGCUUCCUGCUCGGAGCGGCGCUCAGCUUGGCGGUGCUGCUCACCGUCAUCGCGCGCAUGGAUUGGGCGGCCGAGGCCGACAAGGCGCGGAGGAGGGUCCACGCCACCGCCACCACCACCGCUGCCACCGGCGACGCCUGUUAAAACUUAAAACUAACAUGCAUGCAUCGCCUUCACCAUUGUGUACAUGGAAGCAGUUUUUUAGUCAAGUUUUAUGAAAUUUUCUCGUCGUAAUUCGUGUUAAUCAGUACACCCAUCCAGACCAAAUUUUAAUUGAGAAAAGAAUGACUUUGUAUGAAUACUAAAGAAUACCUUUUGAACUAGAGAAGUCAACAACUCUCUAUCUAUAAAUCUAUCUGUCUAUCUAUAUAUCUAUCUACUCUUAUGGUACCCAUAUGUUUGUUCAAAUUUAAUUUUGGAAAUCCUAUUUAAGUAAAUUAAACAGGUGUAUACGCUAUAACGACCCCUACAAGAAGGAUAACGAUGUCAAAGAUGGCGGCAUCGUCUGAUCGGUCUAAACCGUCCAUAGCUUUAGCCAGCUGAGUUCCAUCCAGGCCUACACAUUUACCGACAUGCACCUCACGAAGUCCCGGCAGUGCCAACACGGCUCCGGACCUCGCUGUUGAGCGCACCGCCAACGCAUCCUCUUGCAGCACGCCUCAUGCCCCAGUCGCCGCCCUGUUCCCUCGGUCCACCCGCGGGAGCCUCCGAGAGCUCCACCGUUGUCGUCGUUGCAGAAGAGGGCAACGGGAGGCGGAGAGAGCAGGCCCCAUGCACAACGACGAUGAUGACGCUGGCGCGAGCGUGGCAGCAUGGGGAUGCCCAGACUGGCCGUGCCCCCUCGCUGUCCAGAUUUGGGCCGGCGGGCGUCCGCCGCAUCCCACCAUCCAGAUAUCCGGCUCGCCACCGCCCGAGUGUCGUGGUCAACAGAUCUACGCGUUGGAGUGGCAGAUCCAAUCAUCCUCAACUUCGCACCAGCGACUGCCAUCCUUUUCUGUUGCUUCCUAGUCCGGUGCUCUUCCACGCCGCUGAGACGACGUCGGCGCGAGCGAGGCGGUGUGGGGACGCCAAGGAUGGCCGAGCCCUCUCGCCGUCCAGAUCUGACCCGGUGGCGUCCAUCGAUCACCGCCGCCCUGAAGCCGUAGGUCGACGGAGCUGCACCUUGGGGCGUCGGAUCCGGCCAUCCCCGUCUUCACGCCACGGCUACCAUCCCCUUCCGCCGCCGCCCGAUCCAGUGCCCAUCCGCGCCGUGCCGCCCCUGUCCUUGAGGACGGCGACCACCACUGGAGGAAGCCUCGCCAUCGCCAUCCUUGCAGCUGCUCGGGCAGCGGCGAGGCAGGGAGGCAGGCCUAGGUGCGGCGGCGGCGGCGGCUGCUGGCCUGGGCACCCACCCAUGUCGCCCUAGGGCUCGGGUGACAUGGGGGUCUCGGGUUCCACCACACAUUUGGCGCUUUGUCCUCUUUGUUAUAAUUGAUAGAGGUGUAUGUUUACCUCUUUUCAUUUGAAGGUGAGGAUGAAUCUUCACAAACCUUAACUUGAGAUCAAACUUCUAGCGACUCAGCACGACCUUAAGAGCUUACUAGUGACUCCUAAUCGUUUAGGAGACCUUGAUCUCCAAGAGUAACAAAUAUAAUCAAAGAUUUGCUUGCUAUUAACUUAAGUGCUCAAA